UUCAGGGAUAAAUAGCAGAGGUGGACCGUACUCACAAUAAGUUUGGUUUUGUCCUGUGACUGACAGUCAAAGAGGGGGGUACCUGGAGCUGAAGAAGUAAUUAAUUUCACACCAACAGCUGUCAAACUAGCUACAGCAAAAUGUGGCAUGCAGCCUUCCUCUUAUUGGCUGCCAGCUUGUCGGUGAGCCUGGCCAGACCCCACCUCCACCCACUGUCCAGUGAGAUGGUCAACUACAUCAAUAAGGUCAACACUACCUGGAAGGCUGGUCACAAUUUCCAUAAUGUGGACUACAGUUAUGUCCAGAAACUCUGCGGUACGAUGCUGAAGGGACCUAAACUGCCUCUCAUGGUUCAGUACGCUGGAGAUAUGAAGCUGCCGAAGGAAUUUGACUCAAGAGUGCAGUGGCCCAACUGUCCCACUCUGAAGGAGAUCAGAGACCAGGGGUCCUGUGGAUCCUGUUGGGCUUUUGGUGCUGCAGAGGCCAUCUCCGACCGCGUGUGUAUCCACAGCAAUGCCAAGGUCAAUGUGGAGAUUUCCUCGGAGGAUCUGCUGACCUGCUGUGAAAGUUGCGGCAUGGGAUGUAACGGUGGCUACCCCUCAGCUGCUUGGGACUUCUGGACCAAAGAGGGACUGGUCUCUGGAGGCCUCUAUGACUCCCAUGUUGGUUGCCGGCCUUACACCAUCGCCCCCUGUGAGCACCAUGUAAACGGUAGCAGACCUCCCUGCACUGGAGAGGAAGGAAACACACCUGAGUGCGUCGCCAUGUGUGAACCUGGAUACACACCCAGCUACAAAGAGGACAAGCACUAUGGUAAAACGUCCUACAGCGUUCUGUCAGACGAGCAGCAGAUUCAGUCUGAGAUAUUCAAGAACGGCCCAGUAGAGGGAGCCUUCAUCGUCUAUGCAGACUUUUUGCUGUACAAGUCUGGUGUGUAUCAGCAUGUGACUGGGUCUGAAGCGGGUGGACACGCCAUCAAGAUGCUUGGCUGGGGGGAGGAGGAUGGUGUUCCCUACUGGCUCUGCGCUAACUCUUGGAACACCGACUGGGGGGAUAAUGGUUACUUUAAAAUCCUGCGUGGAUCUAAUCACUGUGGUAUUGAGUCUGAAGUUGUGGCUGGCAUUCCCAAAUAAAAACUCCCAGGUUCGGAGCAGCAGUGUCAUUACAUAAUCACUAGAGGGCGACACACAGGAAUUCUUCAACACCUUUUUAACUGCAUUUAGUCCUUACAGUUACAACUCCACUGAUCACUUGCACACAUGACAUGUGGCUUUCUUUUGAUGGCAGGCAGAAAAAACUUGAGCAGCCUCUACAUGAAGGUGGUUUUAGCAUAUUGAGUAUGAUAGCAACUACUGUAUGUCACCAUUGUUAAGACAUGGUCAGUCUAAAGGUUGCACAGGAGAAAAAACACAUUAGUGUAUUUAAUUUUAUCUCAGGUGAUUUUGACCUUUGAAACCCCCAACCGUCACAUUUUUUGCACUGCUGGAAAGUGUGAGCUGUUUUAGAGCAAUACAGCCACAGGAAGUGAUUUGACACCAAUUACAAGACUCUGCCUGAUGGAGCAGAGGAGGUCAGUUUAUAUGAAUGUGUCUAAUUUUAAAUGAUCAAAGCUUUCAUAUUGAUUGCCAUUUUUAUUUCUCAGUGCCACCAAUGUCAGUCCACAAUGUUAGGAUCUACUCAUUGUAAUUUGUGCCUAUUAGUGUUUUUAAGCGUUGAGUAUUAGAUGAGAAAUGUAACAUUUUUUUUUUUUUUUAAAUAUGAAUGGAAAUGAGAUGGAGUGUUUUUGUCUGCCUGUAUUGACCAGAAUAUUGGCACAUAGCUGUUAUGUUCUGAAAUUAAAAAAAAUAUGAAUA